ACCAGUGUGCAGCCUGUAGUGGAGCUAAACUAAACACUUUAACAUACUGACAUAUUUCAUAGAACAGCUCAUUAGAUAAGAACUUCAGAGGGAUUUAAUGUGUUCCCCUCCAUCUCAUUUAAUAAGCAGAUGGUUUGACUGCUCACAUAUCUGUUUAAAAUAACAGAUAAAGCCAGUCUGUAGAUCAACUGCAGCUUUGAACCACUGGGGGCAGCACCCCACCUCAUUUACUCACUAUAACAUCCAGGAAACCAAACUUGGAUUUGUUGUUUGUUGUUGAUAUUUUUGAUCAGGACUGUUUUAAAUCCCAGGGCAGCCAUACAGAACAAAAGAACAAUAAGACACUACUGAAUCCCCACAAACUGCUCAGUGUCUGGUCUGUAGCUGACAGUAACCUCUGACCUGACACAACAUUUCUGCACAUUUCAUUAGUCUGCAAAACAUUUUGACAAGAUGUGAGCAGCAGAAAGAAUAAAACUCCUUUAAUAUGUGAACAAAGUUGAGUAAUAAAGAUCAAGCCCCGCAUGUCUCCCCUUCCUCUCACACAGGCUGAAGUAACAUCACAUACUUUCACUUUCGUUCAUAACAUGUGUGAGCCUGUUUUACCUAGAUACAAGUGACGUCAUGCUCAGAAUAAAUUCCCAUUGGCUCAGAUGAAGGUUUGUUCAGCGUCACCUCUUGUUUUAUCCUCAUUUCAACUCUGAUUGUGGAGCAGGAAGGACGAUCUCUGUUUCUCUCUUCAGACAAACACACAAAGCUUCACUCUGGUAAAUCUUCAGAUGGUCACAAUGCAGAUCUUUGCUGCUCUGGUUCUCCUCGGAACAGCCCUGCAUGGCGCUGCACCAAUGACUCACUCUAUGAAGCAUUUCGUCACUGCAUCGUCUCAAGUCCCAAACUUCCCAGAGUUUGUGACUGUUAGUUUGGUUAAUGAGAUUGAGGCACUGCACUAUGAUAGUUACAGCAGGAAAGUAGAAACCAAACAGGAGUGGAUGAUCAGAGUCUCAGAAGAUGAUCCUCAGUACUGGCAAUUUCUGACUGAGAAUCGAUUUGGUGUCCAGCAGCGGUUCAAACACAACAUUGAAGAUUUCAAGCAGCGCUUCAACCAAACUGGAGGUGUCCACAUACUCCAGUUGAUGCAAGGCUGUGAAUGGGAUGAUGAGACUGAUGAGGUCAAAGGAUAUAGUCAAUAUGCUUAUGAUGGAGAAGACUUCUUAUCAUUGGACCUGGAGACGGAGACAUGGGUCGCUCCAAAACAACAGGCUGUCUUCACCAAACACAAGUGGGAAAAUAAUAAAGCUAAGAUGGCUCAGUACAAACACUUCUUCACCCAGAUUUGUCCUGAUGAGCUGAAGAAGUUUGUGAAGUUCGGGAGGAGCUCUCUGCUGAGAAAAGACCUUCCCUCAGUGUCUCUCCUCCAGAAGACUCCCUCCUCUCCAGUCAGCUGCCACGCUACAGGUUUCUACCCUGACGGAGCCAUGAUGUUCUGGAGGAAAGAUGGAGAGGAGCUUCAUGAGGACGUGGACCUCGGAGAGAUCCUCCCCAACCACGAUGGAUCCUUCCAGAUGAGUGUUGACCUGGACCUCUCAUCAGUCAAACCUGAAGACUGGACCAGGUACGACUGUGUGUUUCAGCUGGUUGGUGUGAAGGAGCACAUCUUCACCAGACUGGAAGAAGAAAAGAUCAGGACCAACAGAGAGAAACCCACUGACAAGAACGGCAUCAUCAUUCCUGCAGUCGUUCUUCCUCUCGUCCUCCUCCUCCUCGCUGUGAUUGGAUUCAUCGUUUACAGAAAGAUCAAUGGGAUGCUUUAAGGCAGCCAACUGUAAGUCAUCUUCUGAAAACAACUCUGAGUUCUCUGAGAAACUGAAUUAUGGAAAAGACAACCCUGAAGGCCAAACAUACAACCCUGCACAAAGUGGGCUGCUUCAGGAGACAUGAACUUUUCACACCUGCUGUUAAACAAAGACGCCUUCAACUUUGUGUAAAACAACCUUCUGUCAUUGUUUCUUAUUCAGCUUUUGUGACACAAUCUAGCUUUGAAGAAAAUAUUUGACUUUAUACAGAUUUUCCAUAACAGAGUUGAGAUUUUAAUAAAAGUGUGAAGAGAAAGGCACAGAUUCUUUCAAAAACCUUCACAUCGGCAGGUCAGAUAGUCACUGAAACAGCGUUAAAAAAAUAAAAAUAAAUAAUUUGUUUAAAAAGCAUAUUAGCUAAAUGCUGACAAAAUGUUCACACUUAAAUUAAUGAAUCAACGUUAUUUGAGGUCGAAAUUAAGCUGUAAAUAUGAGGCUUUGUGGAAUUUUACUCUCCAAACCUCUAUGUUAAAUAAUUCAGAUUUUUUUAUAUAUAUUUUUUUCUAUUUCCUCUUCAGGUUUAUGGACACAUUUUGCACUGUGUCUGUAGUGCACUAUGGGACAUUUAGCAGAUAGGUUUAAUAAAACAGUGGUCAUAAAUAUUAUUAAAAAAUAUUGUGCAAAAAUCUGUGUAAUAUUAACAAAUGAUGGGUGAGGGGCAAACCAGGUGGCAACCUCCGGGUCUGAGCAGGGAGGCAAACCAGGAAGUGCCUUAAGCUGCAUUCUACUGAAAAUUCCAGCAGGGGGCACUAAGUUUUGCUGCAAAAGCGUUUGGGUCCAUUCAUUUCAAUGCAAAAUGAGAAAACUUCUCACUUGAUUUAUUACCUCAGAAAUGUUUUUCAGGACAACACUAUGGUCUCAAUCACUAGUAAAAAAAAUCUUCAAGACAAUCUGAUGUUAAUAGUGUAAAUAAGAGAAACAAAAAUUUUGUUUUUGUUUUUUGCCAAAACUAGCAUCAGUUAAUGCUCCAGUUAAUGCUAACAUGAGUCAGUCAGGUUGAGGUGUAGAGAGGCUGUAGUCAGUGUCGUCAUGGUGACUACCUCCAUUAUUUAUACAGUUUAUGCACACAACCAGUGGUGGAAAAAGUGUUCAGAUCCCUUACUUUAGUAAAAGUAUUAGCGUAACUGUAUCCCAAAUCGGACACUGUUCGGAUAAGAUUCUAUCAAAAUGUCACAUUGGCUACUAAUAUAAAUGAUCAUGUUAUGCUUCCAAUUAAUAAAAUGGUGUGAAACUGAAGUCCAACUUCUUAUCUUUCGAACCGUAUAUUGUUUAACCGUGUACGUUAGCCUCGGGUUUACCAGAGUCGGCUAAAGGACGCUAACGCUGGUGAAUUAGCUGUGAGCUAACUGUAUCCCACAUCAGACACUUGGAUCUCCUCGCUGUAAAACAAUAAAACAAUAAAACAAUGGGGGCUGCUGAGUUUUUCGGGGUAAAUUGGAUGUUUCUGGGUAAGCCAAAUAAAUAUGACCGUUAUCAACCAUAGUUAUCAACACACCCGGACCAUACUUCUGUCCUUCACAAAAAAAUAUAGGACAGUAAAAACACAGAUGGACUUUAAGAUCGUCGCCUGAGCGUUUUUAGUGCUCUCUGUCAUCAGAUUUACUUUCAUAUUGUAAUUAGACAUUUAAAUCUCAAUGUACAUAAAUUCAAUUUCACAUGUAGAUUGUUAAAUAUGUAUAAAUCAAUUAUAGCUCCACUGGUGGUGGCGAUCUUAUUCCAAAUGACCGUGAAAACACCAGAAAGUGCAGCAUUACAGAUGUGUCAGAUUUUGGAUACAGUCUCUGUAAUACCAGUGUGAAAUUACUCCACUGCAAGUAAAAGUACAACAGUAUCAGCAUCAUAAUGUACUUUAAGUAUCAAAAGUAAAAGUACUCGUUAUGCAGAGCGGACCCACUCACAUUGUUUAUUUAUUCCAAAUAUGUUAUUGGAUUAUUUGUAUUGAUGCAUUUCUGUAAGCACUGUUUUUAUUGUGUAAAGAUGAAGCUCAACUACUUAAUAUACUGUGAUGGGGUUUCAUAAAAAUAAAAAGUCUA